CUUAAUUAUGUACUGCUGAUUAAAAUUAUUAAAAAUUCUAGUUGAAUUUGCAGAAUCAAAAUGCCAAACAAAGAAAUUCGAAAUGGAAAAGGAAGGGAUAAAUUGAAACCUUCUAUACGUUUUAAGCAGUUGGCUCGUAGUGCUUUAAUUAACCAACAAUGGUUAUCCGAUUUAAUAGACCAUCAAAGAACAAAGAUACCGUUGUACCGCCCAAAAGUGACAGGAAUACUUACAAACAAUAAAUUACGAGCUCGCUUGGCACCGUAUGCAUAUUUCAUAAUUCUUGGCCCGAAACGAAAAAUAAUAGAACAGGGAAGAGAACCUGCGACGGUUUAUUUUGUGCUUACUGGCGAUAUAACUGUGACAACGAAAAUAUGGAAUUCAGUAAAAAAUAAAUAUAUUGAAAGAGUGGAAUACUUGAGCGGACCCGGCGAAUGGUUAGGAGAGAUUGAUUUCCUUGAAAACCAAAAGAGACGACAAACAUUCACGAGUAAAUGUAAGUAA